GAAAAACGUUAAGUAAACCUCAUUGACAAAGAUAAAAAAAAAUGCCUGCAGCAGCGACAAAUUCUUGGCCCUUCUGGGGUAUCGAACAUCGAAGAAAUUUUUCGAAUCUAAGAGAAGGAAUUCAUUUACCAGGGUACACUGGAUAUUUACCGCAAUACAAGUACAAACUCGGAGACACGUACGCCAAAAGCUGCGAAGAAUUGUCCAAGACUCAAAUUGUACGGAAACCUCUCCCUCCAAUUCCACCCAAGUCAAAACCAGGUCUUUCGGAGAAACGAGAAGAUAAUGGACUGAAUAAAUAUAUUGAUAAUAUGGUCCCGGGAUACACAGGCUAUGUUCCACAUCGACGAUACAACUAUGGAGAAAAUUACAAUGACGACGUUACAAGAUGUAUUGGUACUUUUCUCGAAGAAAAACACGAAGUUGAUCGAAGAAUCAAUAGAUUACAAUCACAAGUUAAACAAUCUAAGAAGCUUACACCGAUAGCGAGUGCUGAUGACGUUUUGGAAAAAAUCAAAGCGUACAAUACAAUGUCAUUGCCUAACGUUUUACCAGAUACCAAACGUAAUAAUUUUGCGGAGCCACCCAAAGUUGGAUGGACAGGAUACGUUCCGAGAGUGAACGUAACAGAUAUUGCAUUGGGAAAACGAAAAGCUGAAGCUAAUCAAAAAGGGAUGAUGGCUUUUCAAGAAGACCAAGAGAACCGUGAAAAAAUAAUUGCACAGCCAGUUAAUCCGAACUUUGAACCUGAUGAAGUUCCACCUUGGGUUAAAAACAAGGUUUCGCCUUAUCAUCCUGAAGGCUUAACACCGCGGUAUACCGGUUACGUUCCACAUAGAAGAUUUGUGUUUGGUCAAACAUACGGUGAAAUGACCAGACAAGCAAACCGUUGUGCGCGCAGCGCAAAAGGAACGAAUAAUCAAGAUAUCGAUUUCAUAUUUAUUUUUAUAUUUAUCCAAAUCCAAUGCAUGUUAAAAAACAGCUACUAUCUUCAAUUUUUCAAGUUCAACUAA